CCCAAGUCGAUCAAUCAUCGUCCGCUCUCAUCAUCUCAUCGCAAAGCCAAAUGUAUCGAACGGCCGUCGUGACUGCCGCGGCCUUGGCCUUGGCCGUGCUCAGCGCGGCGGCGAUGACGGCGGCGGCGCCGCAGGUGCCCUGCUACUUCAUCUUCGGGGACUCGCUCGUGGACAACGGCAACAACAACUUCAUCGUGUCGAUGGCGCGGGCUAACUACCCGCCCUACGGGAUCGACUUCGCCGGCGGGCCCACCGGCCGCUUCAGCAACGGCCUCACCACCGUCGAUGUCAUCGCUAAGCUCCUGGGCUUCGACGACUUGGUGCCCCCGUUCUCCGAAGCAAGCGGCCAGCAGCUCCUCCGCGGCGCCAACUUCGCCUCCGCCGCCGCGGGGAUCCGGGAGGAGACGGGCCAGCAGCUGGGCGCCCGGAUCAGCUUCAGCGGGCAGGUGCAGAACUACCAGGCGGCGGUGCAGGAGGUGGUGAGCAUCCUGGGCGACGACGAGGCCGCGGCGGCGGCGCACCUGGGGCGGUGCGUCUUCACGGUGGGCAUGGGCAGCAACGACUACCUGAACAACUACUUCAUGCCGGCCCUGUACAGCACGGGCAGCCGGUACACGCCGGAGCGGUACGCGGACGCGCUGGCCGAGCAGUACGCGGGCGCGCUGCGGGCGAUGUACCGGUACGGCGCCCGCAAGGUGGCGCUCGUCGGCGUGGGGCAGGUCGGGUGCAGCCCCAACGAGCUGGCGCAGCGCAGCUCCGACGGCGUCGCCUGCGUGGAGCUGGAGCAGAUCAACGGCGCCGUCCGGAUGUUCAACCGCAGGCUCGUCGGCCUGGUGGACAGCUUCAACAGGAUCCUCCCCGGCGCGCACUUCACGUACGUCAACGUCUACGGCAUCUUCGAGGACAUCAUCAAGUCACCCGGAGCCCAUGGGCUGAAGGUGACCAACGCGGGGUGCUGCGGCGUGGGCAGGAACAACGGGCAGGUGACGUGCCUGCCGUUCCAGACGCCGUGCGGCAACCGCCACGAGUACCUCUUCUGAAGGUUGCAUGCAGCAUUCACUAGGCUGUUUUGCACCGGCAACAAGCGUGGAGUGCGUCCUGAGGCUCUGCAGGUUUUCACUGUUGGGGGUUGCGGAUGCGCUCUCGAUGAGGCAGAGCAGUGCAGUGCAGUGCGUCGGGCCGGCUGGCCCGCUGUCUGCCGUGCGGCUUACUGGGCCGACCGGGCGAGAAGGCAGACCAGAUUCCAAUACUAGUCCCAUCAAUUAGAAAUAUAUGCCACUCCAAUUUUGAAAAGUUAAAAACUAGUAAACUAGUGCAUUUCCAUACCACUCCAUGGCAUCAAAAUGAACUAGUAAUCUAAUUUUGCAAAUAUUUAAUUUAGGGGGAAAAUUUAAAAAAACAACUGACACUAGACCAUGUCUUUCCACACGUCAAAAAAAAAACUUCUCUACAGUGCCCAAACUUCCGCCAUGGUUUCUCCUCCCAAUCGCUGUUUUCUUCACCGUUCCCGCGCGUCAGGCUUCUAGGUCCUGCAGAGCUGUGAGCGCACACCAUUAUAACAUGGCUCUGGAGAAAUAGAUCUGAUACGGGGAAUGUUCUGAGCGCGCAUUGUCAGGCUGCUUUGCCUCCUUGUGCUCAUCUUCCGCCGUGCCGCCGGCGUCAGGAAGAUGGGCUACUGAUCAAGGUCAACAUAGCAUUUUAGUCUCUUAGAGUAGGCUAGAGUUAAAACCCAACAAGAAAUAUCAUAAAAAAGUAAAGAGAGAGAAAGGGGCGAAAAGCUUUUGAGAAUACUAAUGCCCCGUUUGUUUUGUUAGAAUUGAAUUCUAUUCUAAUAAUUAUAAUUUAGGCAAAACUAAUUGAGUUAACAUAUUUAUUUAUGUAAUGUAUUCUAUGUUAUGCUAAAUCAUAUCAGAUAGAUAGUUAUACACUACAUUUAUGUUGUAGAGAAACAAGUAGAAAAGUGUGUUAUAAAUUGUACAUUAGAAAAGUAACAUGUAAAUCUAUAGAAUUAAUUUCCAUCUCUCGCCCACAUGAAUUUGAGAUAGAUUUAUAUAUACACUUUGGAAAGUUGUGGAAUGUCACGUUCUAAAAAAAUAGGCUAUUGCAUUAGUUAAAUUCUAAUUCCUCAAAAUGAAGGCAAACAAACGGAUCCUAAACGGAAAAAAUAUUUAAUCACGAUUCGGACACGUGGAUAACUUCUUUCUAAACACUUCUAUACAAACAUAACUCCAUGGGCUACUGAUAUUUACUGAAAUUAAAGAGAGCCGUUGAAGCAUGAACCUUUUUUAGAUACUACAAUUUUUAGGAAGAUGUCGGGCGGCACCUUUCGUCUGCCAAGUGCGUGGACAGCUUGCCUGUCGGGCCGAGAGUGCCAGUGCUUCAGCAAGGCUUUACUUGCUGCUCCUCUAUUUUAUCCAUUGUUAUAUCCUCUAUUUUCAACGCAACUUUAGAAACAGUAUUAUUUAUGG